AUGUAUAAGCUGAUCUCCUGGUGUUUGCUUUUCAUGGGAUGUUUACAUCCUCUCCUCGCUCUGCCUGUCCCUGACUCCAGGGAAGAGACCCUGUGGCUCUCAGCACCUGAUGGAGACAUGAGAUCAGCCUUGGAUGAACUGGAAAGAGUGUCCCUCCUGCAAAUGCUGCUGGAGCUGUCAGGGGCAGAGAGGGGUGAUGGUCUCAGGAAGGCAGGUAAAAUAAUUCUUGCACGGAUCGGUGGUCUGAUUUUAUUGCUACUGAAUUACUCUCUUCUCCUCCACUGUCUUGGUACCAAAGCUGCUAACACUAGAGGAAGUAUGAAAAAGUUUCAAGCCUUCUCUGGACAAGAUCCUAACAUUUUCCUGAGUCAUCUUUUGGCCAGAUAUAGGAAACAAGAUAAGAAGCGUGGGUCUCCUUCUGAAUGCUUCUGGAAAUACUGUGUCUGA